UGUUUAUUUACUUUUGAUCUUUAUUAAUAAAUAAGAAGAAAAUAUACAGAAAUAAACAAGAAAAAAUGAAGUAAAAGUGAGUGAAAUUGACAGAGGAUUAGAGUAAUAAUGUAGAAAAUGCUAGUUAUGUAUUUUCCAUAUUUUCCUAUAGUGUAUUAGAUCAGCUGAUUCAUAGUAGUGACACAAUGACACAGUUUAAAUAACACAAAACACAUAUGUCAGAUUUUUCAAAUUAUUUCGAUUUCCCGUUUGAAUUUUAAUUUGCAAUACAUUUCUAAUGACACAUAAGUAAUUCAAUGAAGAAGUAACAAAAUACAGACAGAGUGAUACAUUGUAUUUGUCAUUGAUGUUAUUAUUUUGUGCGGUUAUAUACAAUUUUGACAGUGCUUUGUUUACAAUACGCAGUAGUUCAUAAAUGUGUUUAUAAAUUUUAUAGGCAAUUAGCAGAAAAUUCAAGUCGCGAUGUUGGCGGAAAUGGAUCAACUAUAACAGGAAAUAUUUUACAAAAAACAAAAAUGUCAAUGCCAAAUCAAGGGAAAUUUUUAGCUGUAAUAAAAGAUUUUUUAAAUAAAUCGGCGUAUGAAAAAAAUAUUCAACUUAUCAUAAAUAAAGAUUGGAUUGAUUUUUUUCAAAAAUUAACCUACUCUCAAAUUGUGAAUAUAAGAAGAUUUUCUCCCAUUUUACAAUUGAAAUCAUUCUCGACAAAUAAUGAUGAUAACAAUAAAAACAAUGACAGUACAAGAAAAGCCGUUGUUGUUAAUAUUGAAGACGAGAAAAGUGUUAAUCAAGAAGAAAAACAUUUAGUAAAACAAAAACUUAGCCCAGAAUCAAAAUUACAGAAACAAGAAAUAAAGAUGACAGAAGUUUUGCCAUCGAUUUCAACCGAGAAAGACUUUAAAGACCAAAUUCUUGCCAUCCCACAAGUUUUAGCGGCGCUUGUGCCAAAAUUUAGAAGUCAAGAUAAAGUAAAACCAUUCAUUAUUCCAAAAUGGAAAACAAACAUGUACAAUAAUGUGUCGAAACACAGUAUUUUAUCGAGGACAAAACACGUUUUAAAUAGUAUUGCAACUGCAGAAUCAAAUACAUCGAAAUGGAGAAGAGUUGAGGAUUUAUUAGUACAUAUCGAUCAAUAUCCUGAAGCUCGUUAUCAUGCCAUUAAAGAAGGUGGAAUUGCAAUUUUAUUGAGAAUGCGACAAAAAACAAAUGACAAACAAAUUCAUGAUUCGAUUCGAGAAGCUUUAACUGUUUUGGGACACGUUGAUCCGCUUCCUAAUCGAGGAAUCAGAAUUCUCACCAUUGAUGGCGGUGGAAUUCGUGGAGUUAUGGUCGUUGAAAUGUUAAAGAAACUCGAGCAAUUAACGGGCAAAAGAAUUUACGAAUUGUUUGAUUAUAUUUGUGGUGUCAGUACCGGAGCUAUUCUUUCCUCUGUAAUUGCGACUAUAAAAGAUAAUGGAGAAGGAGGUGCUAAAAAGAAAACGUUGGAUGAAGUUUCUAUACUUUAUAAAGAAUUGAGUACACAAAUUUUCACUCAAAGUCCUUUGAAAGGAACAAGUGGUCUUGUUUGGAGUCAUGCCUAUUACGAUACAACUCUUUGGGAAGAAAUGCUACAAGAUCAAUUAGGCGAUAAGGAACUUAUUAAAACUUCACGUGAACCAAUGACUCCAAAGUUUUCAACUGUAUCUGCAGUUGUGAAUCUCGAACGAGUCUCGGCAUUUGUUUUUAGAAAUUACACUUUGCCACAUGGCGUUGAAAGUCAGUAUAUGGGGUCUUACAAAUAUAAAUUGUGGGAAGCUGUAAGAGCUUCAGCUGCUGCUCCAAGUUACUUUGAAGAGUUUAGAAAAGGAGAUUAUCUUCAUCAAGAUGGAGGAAUAUUGGUAAACAAUCCAUGCGCUGUGGCCAUUCAUGAGGCAAAACAAUUGUGGCCAAAUAAUCCAAUUCAGUGUGUUGUUUCCUUUGGUACUGGACGAACACCUUGUUUAACUAAUCCAUGCAACGAAGAGGCAACAGAGGAAAAGGGCAUUGCAGCUUCCAGUUGGAAGGAGAAAUUUUACAAAAUUCUAGACAGUGCAACGGAUACAGAAGCGGUGCAUAUUAUGUUAAACGAUCUUCUGCCAGAUCAUGCCUAUUAUAGAUUUAAUCCUUAUUUAUCUGAAAUGUUAACAAUGGUCGAGAUUCGUCCAGACAAAAUAGAACAAUUGGAGCAAGAUGUCGCAAUGUAUAUUAGAAGAAAUGAGGAAAAGUUUCAACAGGCAGCUGAGGCUUUACUUCAGAAAAAAUCAAUGAAUCAACAAAUUCAAGAUUGGGUGAGAAUGAAGAAAAAAAUGUUCACCACAUAAAAUGUCUUUUGUCG